CUCUAUAAAUAGCAGCUGACAGCUCCUGCUCGGCGUGCACACGCUCGCAUGCGAACGCAGGGAAGUCAGGCUAAAAGUGUCUGCCGCUGGCCGCCCCGCAUUCCGCCUCCGACAGAGAGAGUGAAGGCCUCUUCAGAGCAGGACAGCCAGCGUGUGGGGAGGAGUUGAGCCCUACUAUGGAAUAGGAUCAACCAUAGAAAGAUCAUCAGCAGAGGCAAACUUGUGAAGCACAGACAGAGUAACCCAAAGAAAUGAUGUUACCUGGACAGAGAUCUGCUCUCUCUUAUGAAAAAUCAGUCCAAGAGUUCUGAAGUCAACAAAGCAAUAGUCAAAGAGAGGAGCUGUUUGAGGAAUACAACGAUAAAGCAGAACUUCACAGAGUCAGAUAUCAGGUCUAUAGUGUGAAGAUACAUCUAUAUUAAACCAGGAAUAACUGUCACUGACAUUGGGGUGCAAAAUCUUGGAAGAUUAAACAACUAUAAGGGUUGAUCAUGGAAAUCAAAGAGGAAGGAGCAUCAGAAGAAGGCCAGCACUUUCUUCCCACACCCCAGGCAAGUGAUACUGGGGACUCUCAGUUCACAAGUAUUCAGAAGACUCCAAAUGAACCACAGUUGGAAUUCAUCCUUGCAUGCAAGGAUCUUGUGGCUCCUGUCCGUGAUCAUCGGAAGCUGAAUACACUGGUGCAGAUCUCAGUGAUCCACCCCGCCGAGCAGGGUCUGACACGAUACUCAAGCACGGAAAUUGUGGAGGGAACAAGAGACCCACUGUUUCUGACUGGUGUCACAUUUCCAUCUGAGUAUCCCAUAUAUGAGGACACCAAAAUAAAGCUAACAGUCUAUGAUGUCAAGGAUAAGUCUCAUGACACUGUUCGAACCAGUGUCCUACCUGAACAUAAGGAUCCCCUGCCGGAGGUUGGGCGAAGCUUCCUGGGCUAUACCAGUUUUAAAGUGGGUGAGCUACUGAAGUCAAAAGAGCAGCUGCUAACCCUGAGCCUGAGAACAUCAGAUGGUGGCAAAGUUGUCGGCACCAUAGAAGUUAGUGUCGUGAAGAUGGGGGAGAUUAAGGAUGGGGAAGCCAGCCACAUCAUGACAGAUGUGCCAGAACAAAAGUGUGCACUGGUAUGGGAAUGUACAGAGCCAGAAAGUGUGAGCAGAAAGGACAACUUACCUUUUUUGAAUGCAGUGUUAAAGAACCCAGUGUGUAAACUAUAUAGAUUCCCCACAUCUGACAAUAAGUGGAUGUGCAUCCGGGAGCAGAUGUCAGAGAGCAUACUUUCUUUUCAUAUUCCUAAGGAAUUGAUCUCUCUUCACAUAAAAGAAGAUUUGUGUAGAAACCAGGAGCUAAAAGAACUUGGUGAGCUUUCUCCACACUGGGACAAUCUACGGAAAAAUGUCCUCACUCACUGUGAUCAAAUGGUGAAUAUGUACCAAGACAUUCUGACAGAACUUAGCAAAGAAACAGGGUCCUCUUUCAAACCGAGCAGCAGCAAAGGAGAGAAAGCAUUAGAAUUUGUUCCAGUAAAUCUACAUCUUCAAAGAAUGCAUGUACAUAGCCCUCAUCUGAAAGAUGUUCUCUAUGAUGUCAUCACUGUGGGAGCCCCAGCUGCCCAUUUUCAGGGAUUUAAGAAUGGUGGUCUUCGGAAACUACUCCACAGAUUUGAAAUGGAAAGAAGGAAUACUGGAUACCAGUUAAUUUACUAUUCACCUGAAAACACAGCCAAAGCAAAAGAAGUUCUCAGCAACAUCAAUCAGCUACAACCUUUGAUAGCAACUCAUGCAGACCUCCUGCUUAAUUCUGCGAGCCAGCAUUCUCCAGACAGCUUGAAGAAUUCUUUAAAGAUGCUUUCAGAAAAAACAGAGCUUUUUGUACAUGCCUUCAAGGAUCAGCUAGUCAGAAGUGCUCUUUUAGCACUCUACACUGCCAGGCCAGGGGGUGUCCUCAAGAAACUACCCUCUCCUAAGAACAGCACAGAGGAGAACCAUUCUCAGCACCCGCCCCUGGCCAUGAGAAGGCAAGACUCUAUUCCACAUCACUCAGACUACGACGAGGAAGAGUGGGAUAGGGUAUGGGCCAAUGUGGGGAAGAGCCUGAACUGCAUAAUAGCUAUGGUGGAUAAACUGAUUGAAAGAGACAGCAGCAGCGAAGAGGGAGCAAAGGACCCUUCUCUAGUGGACUACAUCAUAACUCAUCCAAGGGAGGACUGGUAUGAACAGUUGUGUCCCCUCGUCUGUACGCUGAAGGACUGCAUGCAGGAAGUGGUGAGCAGGGCCAAGCAGUCGCUGACGUUCGUGCUCCUUCAGGAGCUCGCGUACAGCUUGCCCCAGAGUCUGAUGCUGACGCUGAGGAGGGACGUCGUCUUCAGCCAAGCACUAGCUGGAUUGGUUUGUGGUUUUAUCAUCAAAUUGCACACAAGUCUGCAUGACCCUGGUUUCCUACAGCAGCUUCACACAGUGGGAUUAGUAGUACAAUAUGAAGGACUGCUAAGUACAUAUAGUGACGAAAUCGGAAUGCUAGAGGACAUGGCUGUUGGCAUUUCAGAUUUGAAGAAAGUCACAUUUAAAAUAAUUGAAGCCAAGUCCAGUGAUGUCUUGCCAGUUAUAACAGGGAGGCGUGAACAUUAUGUGGUAGAGGUGAAGCUUCCAGCAAGAAUGUUCGAGUCAUUGCCUCUACAGAUUAAAGAAGGGCAGUUGCUUCAUGUGCAUCCAGUACUUUUUAAUGUUGGCAUCAAUGAGCAGCAAACUCUUGCUGAGAGGUUUGGAGAUGUCUCUUUGCAAGAAAGUAUUAAUCAGGAAAAUUUUGAACUUCUUAAAGAAUAUUAUAUGAUAUUUAUAGAAAGGAUGCCUCCUGAUUACAUUUCACAUUUUCAAGAACAAAAUGACUUAAAAGGAUUAUUAGAAAAUCUCCAUCAAAAUGUCCAAGCCAAAAAAAGAAAGAAUGUAGAAAUCAUGUGGCUUGCUGCAUUGAUUUGUCGUAAACUAAAUGGUAUUCGUUUCACCUGUUGUAAAAGUGCCAAAGACAGGACGUCAAUGUCAGUGACACUUGAACAGUGCUCAAUCUUGAGAGAUGAGCACCAGCUACACAAGGACUUCUUUAUCCGAGCCCUGGAUUGUAUGAGAAGAGAAGGAUGCCGCAUAGAGAAUGUUCUGAAGAAUAUCAAAUGCAGGAAGUAUGCUUUCAACAUGCUACAGCUGAUGGCUUUCCCCAAGUACUACAGACCUCCAGAGGGGACUUAUGGAAAAGCUGAUACCUAAGUUUACCAACAUGUGAAUAAACAGGAACACAAAUAUACUUCAGUUGUAUUAAUCUCCACCUUCUUUAUUUUUUUAUUGUCAUGAAAUUUGUGGAGGGAGGUGAUUGAGGAUGUUUGCCCAAAUCUAAGAAUUACUUGAAUUAGUUAUCAGCAUAUUACUCUGGAGAAAUCCCUUUUUAAAGAUCAUAAAUAAUAUUGUGUUUCUAUUUCUAAGUUUUGCUCAUUGACCCUAUACUGGUUGAGAUCAGCUCAGGAAGUGGACAUUCAUUUGUGGAAUAUUUCAAUGAAAGACAGUCUGAGAGAACAGGUCUCUAUAAGAGGGCUAGAGAUAACUCAGAGUGGCACUCUCCCUCCAAAAUAAGGACAGGGAAACAGAAAGGCUGUCAUUUCACAGCCUUUCUCAUACAUGACCUUUUGUCAUGUAUUUGUGGGAUUUCAAAAAUAUUUUUCUAAUUAACUGAAAUUAGGUAGUUAACUCACAGUCUUGACUACAAAAGCAGUUGACACUAUGAGGACUUCUGUCAUCCAACUGAGAUGUGAUUAGUCUUUCUAAACAGGUAAAUGAACAGUGUUAGUAAAGAGUAAAUACACUUUUGAAAACAUUUUUUCAAAGUUCUGGUUUGAGUUGUAUGGCCACAUUGUAGAAGUGACAGUAAAGUGUAACAGUGUAACAGACAAAAAAACACUGUGAGGACUGAAACCACAAGGAAAUUAAAGAUGAUCAGCCGGUUAAGUCCAAAAUGAAAAUUUUCAUCAGUCUCAACUUCUUGUAGUCAAGUUGAUGAGAGUCAAUAAAAUAUCUUUGAAAUGUUUUCUAGCUGAUAUCUUGGUACAGAACAUAGUGUAAGUAUGCAUUGUCUGGCAUAUAUGAAUAAAUCUUUUAAAAGAUAACAACUGUAACUAAUGAUAAACCAAAACAGUUAUUUCCACUAACCUGAAUUUCAAAUUUGUCCAUAGUAAAAUAAAACCAUAAGUUUCCUAAAAUUCCAGAUCAAAAGUUGCCUUAGAGAUCACCUAGUACAACACCUUAUAAAUGGGUAAAUUAAAGCACAAGGAAGAUAUGCCCCCAGUCACCUAGUGAGAUAAUUUUAGAAUAAUGAUUACAACCUCUUCUUACCUUCCUAGGCUAUAGUUUGUCUCUUCUCCCCAUUGACAUGCUAAACAUACAUGAAAAUUAUCGGGAAAUGCUAGUUAGUUAAUAGAAAUUAGCCUUUAUUGCUGGAAUUGAAACAGAGUACAAAGAUUUCAACAAAUGAAACUUAUUUUCUUCAAAUUUUAGGAAUUUGUUCUUUUUCCAUUCCCAUCAAAGGAGCAUGCCACCCAGAGAUAAACCUUCUUUGGAAAUGCCAGAAUCUUGUUACACAGAUAUCUAUCAGCUAUUACUGCAUUCAAUGGAUGACAUUGUGCACCUUUGCAUAGCUAAUGUGAUAGCUCCUUGACUAAGAUGCCUGUUGAAAUAAGUUUUCCAAACAGAUCCCUGAUCUCAUGUUGAGGUUUUCAAAUUACUACAAAUUUUAGAUAAUACUUUGGGGCUUUUAAUACUAUAGUUAAUCAACCUAUUAUUUUAGAUAAUGACUUGUGGGCAUUAUUAUACUUUCGGCAAUUGCCAAACUCUUUACAGUGUUUUAAUAAGAGUUGCUGUGUACUAUGGAUCUAUUCAUGGACACAUUUAUUCUGGUGUUCUCCUUUAUACCUCAUUCUCUAUUUCAUGAUUAAAUAUAAUUUCAGAAUUGUUUGAUUUCAUUUGAAAAUGGUAGAAUUUGUAGUUAUUUCCAUUAUCCUGCUGGAUUUAAGGAAAAAAGGUGGGAUGACAGAUUUCCUUGACCAACUGUGAAGCCUCAUUCAGUAUAUUAUCAAAUAGCAGUAUGAGUUCCAAGGUACCCUAAGUGAUUUAUCACCCUGAAAAUAGUCUUGUAAAAAAAGCAUAGUUUUAAGUGGAUUUCAUCAAAAAAAUCUGUAUUUCAUAUAAACGAUAUUGCUUCUUUGCUGAGAGAUAUUCCAUGUAUCCUUGGAAAACCACCUCACUAUUUCUUAAGUUAUGAAAGCUAAGUCUAAGAGCACACGUUAAACAGAAAGUUUUAAUAUCUACUUCAUGCAAACAGCCCCAGUCAUAUGCUUUUCUCUCUCUAUUUUCAUUAAAAAGUAGAUCAGCAGACCUAUUUUAAAAGAUCAUGUUGAGAAAAAAAAUGAACCAAAAAAUAACACUUCCAAACAAGAUAUCUUUUUUUACUCAAAAAUAUGUUUCUCCUCUAACCUCAUUAAAUAUAUAUACCAAUUCUGUAUUAGCUGUUUACAAAGCCCUACACAAAAUGUAUAUUUAAAAAAAGGAAGGUAGAAUCUUAUGUUUGACCUCGUGACAAGGGUCCAGAUCCUGAGAAGUUUCCACAAAACAGGUGAACAUAAAACUUUGAAAUAUUUCAUUGAAACAGACCCACACUUAGAUGUACCCAUUCAUCUAUUUCUCCUGUGCUUUCUUUUUCUUGUAAAUAUUUCCUUGAGUCUUGUUUACAUUCUGCUAAAACAAUCCUUUGAUGUAAAUAAGUUAGUUGGUCCAAUAAUCUAGUGAGUCAGAGCAGCCAUUGAAUCCUGCUGACGAAUUGUACUAGAUGACCAACUGCCCAGCUCAAGCUAUACACUAUGUAACUAACCUCCAGUCCCUACUUUGUAAGAAUAACACCUCUUCUGAAAAGCUUAAAUGCCAGCCUAGAUGAAGGCUACUUCCCUUAUUUUCCUCAACCGAGUAUGGUAUCUUGCAUAAAAUUUGAUUUGCAUAAAAGUCUUCCCAAGCAAAUCAAACCCCUCCCUUUGUAAAGUCUGCUACAUGCCAAGAAGAGAGGAUACCAGCACUGUGCUGCAACAGGCUUAUACUGAUUCAUGAAAGCUGAUGAUUAAUUUUUCAAGGAUUCUGUAAGCCAGUUUUUAAACACAACCAUCAUUAAAUAUUAAAUUAUAAAUGUAAUUGUUGAAUAAACUUUAUUGAAAACAAAAAUAUAAUCAAAACUUACUAUAUCCUAAAUGUUUUACUACAUUUUCUUGUUUUCUAUUUAGCUAUGUUCUUGAAGUUAUUUAUGGCAAUUGUACCUGUACAGUGGAAACACUGCAUUAUAGUGUGCUACUAUGAGUCUCUUCCUGACUCCAUAUUCAGUAACAUCAUUUUGGUAGCUUGAAAUUGACCACUGAGGGAGUAUUUACACCACAGAAAUUGCCAAAUGCUACAAACCACAGGGACACUUCAUUUCUGGAAAACCAGUUGUUAAACAUUUGCCAGCACACAACUAUUAAAUGCAAAUACUCAUUUUCAGAUGCUUACAAUUUUACUUUCGUUUCUACCUUCUUUAAAGACUCCUAUUAGACUAUAAGUAAUAUUUGUUGUUUAUAAUUUAUUCAUAAUUCAAUUAUUUAAUCAUAAAGACAUGCUAAAAACAUAACAGUAUGAUGUUCUGCAAGUGAAAUUUUAGCAAUGCAGCUUCAGUGUAAACCAUAACAACUCUGAGCUAAAUUCAGGGAAAUGUUAGCCUAAUUAGAGGAUCACUGAAAAUGUGCUUCAGUAUCAAUUUUUAAGUUCAUAAUUUUGGCAUUUGCUAAAAGCAGGAAAAACAGUAACAUUACUGUGCCCAUAUUCUAGCAAAUAUAGCUCAAUUGAAACCCACACUGUUAGAUUAAACAUAUUAAACUCUGACAGCGUGCUAAGUCGUCACAGAUAUUUUAGAUGUUUGAUUCCCAAACAGGUUAGUAUAUCAAUUGUUUAGUUCAGUAUACAGGGUGCCUUUUGAAAUCUUUUAGGAAAUAAAUUAACUUUUAUCAUAGAUUUAAGAAACCGGUCUGAGCAAAACUGUGAUCAGCAGUAAUGGAGGAAAACGAACAUAAUGAGCACAAGGCACCCUUGAAUAGCUGGUGGCUUUACAAAUGAUGCACCACUGCAGAGAAUGAUUUGCGGAGAGCUGUGUAAUUGUUUGACAAUUUAGUGUGAAUUCACAUCCAUUUAGCCCAGCUGCAGUCUGUAAAAGCUACACUUUUUUUUUCCAUAUUUAUGUUGUAUUGCUUUAUAAAGAAAGUGCCAAUAUAUUCUAUCUUUUGUUUCUUUCGCCGUUUUAACUUAGAACUUUCUACCCAAGCAGAUGCUACUUACAGCAAAAACUGUCUUUAAGAAAAGGAAAAGAAGUGUUGUAAAUAAAAUAUUGCAGGCCAAUUAGGUGUGGAGUUAAGGUAUGAAAAGUUGAAUUUUUACUUUGUGAAUAAUAAUGCAUGCCAAUCAAUCUUUGAGUUUACUUCCAAGCAUGUAAGAGAAAGUCUAAAACAUUUCUGAUGUCAAAGAAACAAAUGAUAUCUGGCUGCUAGUUGACAAAUAGGAAAAUAUUGUAAUAAAAUAUUAACAAAAAAAAUACAUGCAAUCAGCUUUCCUGAGCUUGAAGUUUUAUAGAUUAUAUGAAUAAUUAGAAUUUUACAUUUAAAAAGGAAAAUGGCUCACAAUUAAAGCUGGUACCCAGGAGACCGACUAUCAAGGGAGAGAAUAUCUAAUAUAAGUGAUGCUACCAGAUAAACUGUAUCCUGCUUAUCUUUUAGUAUUUACAAGUUCUUUAAGAUGUGCACUUUAUAAUUAUAUAUGAGUACAUUCACAGUCUACCUAAAAUCAUCUAAACUACUCCAAGUUCAUAAAAGGGUACAUACAGUCCAAUGGUACACCACUAAGGAUGACUUGGUGAGAUUUAAUGGCCUAGCAGGCAAUAUUGACACAAAUAUUGGCAAGAUUGUUGUAUUAUCUAUAUAGUUCUUGUGAUGCUUUUGUAUCACCAGUCAUUUAAAAAUCAAAAGGUAUUUCAUGUCAAAGAAUUCUCCAACUUUAAAAAGGCAGAUAUCGUAUGUCUCUACACAUCAAGACACUCCCAUUUCACGGCACAUGUGCAGCCCUUUGUAUACACAUGUAUACACAUGUAUUUCCCAUGCGAAGAUUUUAUUAUUUUAUUUAACCCAGCAUCGAACUUUCAGAUUCUCAUGGUACUUACCUGAAACACUGACAUUUGUUUUCUUUUAUGUGAAAUAAAGCUAGAUGAACCAAUAAUGUAUAUUACUAGGUAGUGAGACACAAAUAGGUUACACCAUUUUAUUUGAAGAAAUAUUUUGUUUUAUUGUUCUGUGUAAACCAUAUCAUUGUACACUGUGUAUAUAUUUUUGUUUAAAUAAAUUUUAUUUUUGUUUUU